UUCAGGAAGAGAAACGUACACAAUGGCCGCACACACAAAGAUUAAAAUAUUCUACAUUUCAUUCGGUUUUUGGCUCAUUAUAGGUGUUGAAAGCUACAGCAGUCAGUCAAACAAUGUAUUAACUGUUCAGACUGGAGGAUCUGUCACCAUCCCAUGUCAUUAUGACAAGAAAUACACACAGCAGAAGAAAUACUGGUACUCAGAGACUGAUAGAACAUACAAAAACACCUCAGAGGAGAAUCUGUCAGUAAUUGAUCAUCCUGAUCAGAGUUUCUUUACUGUGACUAUGAGAAACCUGCAGAACAAACACACUGGACAUUAUUUUUGUGUUGUGGAGACUGGAGAACAACCACCGAUAAAUAUAAUAAAUGAGCCUUAUCUCAAGAUUCAAUCUGCUCCUGAUGUGUCUGUGGUGAACAGCAGUGUAUCUGGACAUGAAGGUGGUGAUAUCAGUGUUCAGUGUUUCUACAGUUCUGAUUAUCAGAAUAAACUCAAACAGUGGUGCAGAUAUAAAGAUCAGAGCUGUUACACAGUGGGGAGGACUGUCACAUCCCAGAAUCCAUCAGUGCAGAUCAGUGAUGAUGAUAGGGAAAGAUCCUUCACUGUGCUGAUGACUGGACUGAGACUGACUGAUUCUGGCUGGUACUGGUGCUCUGCUGGAGAGGCACUGAAUCCUGUUCACAUCACUGUAACCGGGGAAGAACCACACAAAGAGAAAGACACAAAUAAUGAACUCCUGACUGUGUGGCUUCCAGUUUCAGCUGCGCUUCUGCUGUUAUUGAUUCUGAUCAGUGUUUUCAUCUGGAGAUGGAGACGGAGACCCAAGCAAGACGAAUACCAAAUCAGAGAGAUGUACAGCAGCACAACCAUUGACAAAAUCUACUCUAAACCUGAAGACCCUGUAAUAUAUAGCAAUAUAAAUGAUGAUAACCCAAAUGAUCCCAACAAGGACAUAAUCACCUACAGUACUUUUGAUCAUGUUCCUGGGAGUGAAGCAAAGCCUCCAGCAGGUGGAACAAUAUACAGCAUUGUGGCUCCACAACAACAGCAACAGUGAGAAGAAAACAGGAAACUUCUGACCAAUAGAAGUGUUUUAUUUAUUUUUUUUGGAGGGGGGCGGGGCUUAAAUUCACAAAAAGAAACACUGAAUCCACUCAUGCAGUUUUUGAUUCUUGAUUUUCAUUGCGCAUUGGUUGUGACCUUUUGACCUAAUAUUUUAUUUUCAACAGGACCCAUAUGAAAUGAUGUGAGGGUAAAAAAUGAAAGGAUUAUUGUAAAGAAAUUUUAUAGUUCAUAACUAACCUACUUUUUCUGUUUUAUCGUGUAUUAAAAGACCUCUCCUGAGAAAAUGGGAUUCUUUUUGUAUAAUUAUAAUUUCUAUUUAAGUGUCUCUGUUUCAUUUCUUCAUUUGUAAAAAUCAUGUUCAGCUUAUUUGUGGAAUAUUU